AUGGUCCCCGAUCUCACAGUAGUAGCUGAUCCUCAGAAGUCUACAGCUUGUAGUAACGUCAAGGUGAGGCCGGUCUGCGGCCCUGUGGACCCCAAAGUAGAGGAGACUGCCGUUGAGAGGGUCUUGCGGCUUCGUAAUGUCUUAUCGGGAAGGCUUGCAACUAGAUCUGGUGAUGCUGGGCCCCGUAGUUCUACCGCUCCUUUGUUGACUUUCGACAAACUCCGCUAUGAUGUAGGCGAGGAAGAGGACGGUGAGGAAGGGCUCGUAGUGGAGUUCACCGAUAGGAGGCGGAAAAGUUGUGGUCGAAAUACUCUGCGGAAAUUCCUUGACAGAAGCAAAGCAUUUGGUAGUAGUAGACGGCCAGCUACUGCCCGUCCCCGAGAAACUCCACCCAAGGAAAGAAUAGUCGAGCCAGUUGUGAGAGUAGACGAUCCCCUCGGUGACGACACCAGCACUUUCAUUGAAGUGAAGCAGCGUAGGAAGCUGAGACGUAGUGUGUCUGAGCCGGACAUGAGCGUGGUGCCCGAGCCUACUGCCCUCGAGGGCCUGCCCGAAGAAUGCAAUUCCGAACCGGAGGCUCUUGGCACUGGGGUGGACUUGGCUGCUCGUGGGGGUCAGAAACGGCGGAGGAAAAAAAUGAGGAAGAAUCAGUUCAUCGAUGAUGCCGCGAGUGUGUCGGGGUCGUCAGGAGGCGAUGAAGAUGACGAAGAGGAGGAUGGUAGGGGUAUAGGAAGUACCCUAUGA